AUGUCUCGGCGAAGUUCUGGUUCAGAGGAUGAAGACACGUUGUUGGGCUCGAAGAGCGAGGGUCUCCCUCUCCAGCGCAUGGAGAAGAGGAGAGCAACCCACCACUUGGUACAGUUAACGCUUGUCGCUCUACUGAGUUCGGUGAUUUCCCUUACAGUGAGCCUCGUUGUAUGGAAGGCCGUGCAGCCUAAGGCUGGUAUAAGGGAAGACGUAAAACUUCUUCCCGGGCUGGAGAUUCCUCCCCUUCCAGUUGGCCCAAUACACAAGGCGUUCAUGCCCGAAAGGAUUUAUGAUGACCCACGAACGGAAAAUGGUCAUGCGGCGUGGAUGAACCUAUUCCCAAAGGGAAAAGGAUAUGUCUCGAUAAAGAACAUUGAGGCUGCAGGACCGGUUCCCGACUAUGUCCGAGGCACCAGCACAGAUGGCACCGGACGGUUUUCUGUCGCAGUAUUUCAUCAACUGCAUUGUCUGUAUCUACUCCAGUCCGACCUCUUCGAGGCGUUGGAAGCCAACAUCACCGAGCCGCACUCCCACACACUCCACUGCUUAGACUAUCUCAGAGAGAGUAUCAUAUGCGCAUCAGACUCCACGCUGGAGCCCUUUAAACCGAGCUUUGACACUGCGGCGCCCAGGAAGGGGGUGGAUGGAUAUGGGACGCCGCAUCAGUGUCGAGACUUUGGAAAGUUGCGAAAUUGGGCUGAGCGGUUUCGAUAUAACGACAACCAGGGUUUCGAGACCUACGAGGGGUAA